CGCUCUCUCAGCAAUCAUCACCACUGGCAAGAGGAAAGCUAAGAUGAACUGCGCCGCCAUCACAACCAGUUCUGGUUUCAUCCCCACCCCCAACAGCAAACCAGGCAGUAGCCGCGGCGGCGACGGCAGGGGGAUUGCAAGCAGCGCCUCGGUCGGAGAGACAGGCUCUUAUUACCUUUGGUGCGGCAUAUCUUUAGUACGGCAUGGGAAAUAUUCAAGUCGCAAAGGACUCGGCCAUUAGUGAACUGCGGAGAGUCGCCACGAUACGAAUAGUCAGGGAUGUAGGAUUACGAGCCGGCCGCAUUACUGCCCAUGCCCAGGGCCACCAAACUCUUGGUCAGGUCCCUCUUCCUUGUCUGUCAUGGCUCGCUCGCCCGAAGGCUCGACUUUCGCCCUUGGAUUGUUACUGCGGGAGAUUGGGCUUUCACCUGGCCGCUCCUUCUUCACUACCAUGUCGUCCUAUUCAAACCCACUACGAAGCUGGCGUUGUGCUGGCUGGCUACGCAAUACUCCUCCCUUGCCGGCUUGGACACCUACUCUGGCAAGGAGCACGUCGGGAGGACGGCACAUGUAUUUCCGCCCCUUCGACUUUCCUUGUGUGUUUCUUCGGCAACUGCGUAUAUAUAAGGCUAGUUGUAUUUUUCAUUAUAUGUACAUGUGAUUACAAGUUAUAGAAUCGGCGUGGGACCCACGUUACCACUUGUGUGUUUCUCUUGUUAUCUUUCAAGACGUGGUGCAGGACGUGUGACAAGAUAACCUAGCAGGAUCGAACGAUCCUACCAUAUAAUAAGCUUCGCGUGCUCAUAUCGACGUCUCAUCAAGAGCUACAACAAAAGGUUCGAGGGGUGUCGCUCUCUAGUUCACUGAGGGAGGCG